CCACGGCCCCCUCCCCACGGACUCCAGCAAUUGGCUGCUUGCUGCGCAGAAGUGGCUCUGGAGCGCGGGAAACGGCCCCAUAUAAGCUGUGGCGGGAGCACAGCCCUUGUCUGGGCCUUGUCUGCGAACUGUCCGCCGGUGUCUGCUUGUCCUCUCUCCCGGCCUUGGACCAUGGUGCGCACUAAAGCCGACAGCGUCCCCGGCUCCUACAGGAAAGUGGUGGCGUCGCGGGCUCCCAGGAAGGUGCUUGGUUCGACCUCGGCGGCCACCAACUCCACGUCCUCGCCUUCGUCAAGGAAAGAAAAUAAGUAUGCAGGAGGAAACCCUGUUUGUGUGCGCCCAACUCCAAAGUGGCAAAAAGGAAUCGGAGAAUUCUUCAGACAGUCCCCUAAAGAUUUGGAAAAAGAAAACUGGGUUCCCGAAGAGCCAGGAAGCAGUGGCUUAGGAAAAAUAAAGAGAAAAGCAAGUCCUUUGCAACCUGAUCAUACAGAUGAUGAAAAAGAAUAGAACUUGUCAUCCUGCCUAAUGUCUUCUGUUUGUUCUGGUGUGCUAGCAUGUAAAUAAGUGCAUUUGUCCCAACUUUGCUGAGUAGGCAUUUAAAUUUUUUUUAAAAUCAGGAUUUUAGAUUUAGUUUUUCAAAAGCCUAUAGUUAUAUUAGCGUUUUUAAGGUUAAUUGUGGUUAGCUUAUUAGUCUACAUCAUGCAGUUAUCUGACUUCUUUCACUUGUGUUCUUGCUAAAAACAAGUCAUAACAUGGUGUUCUAAUUAUGAAUUCGCUAAAUUUGAGAUUGGCUUAGAUCGUUGUACUGCUGCCAUUUGAUUAUUAGAAUAUUGCCAUGUUUUCAUUCCUUUUAUUUGCAAUUAAAAGUAGAGUUAAAGUUUUGCACAUAAAAACGUUUAGUAUUAAUUUGAGCCUAUACUUAAGAAAGGGGGUCAAAGAUGCGAAAAAAAUUCAGUGCUGAUCUUUGCGUUAGCAAAAUUUAAGGGCAAUUUGAUCCUGAGAGUUUAAAUAGUUGAUAAAACAACAAAAAUGACAAAACAGCAUAAAGUUGGCAGAAGAGGUCUAGCAGACUACAUUGAAAGAGAAAUUUUUCUAGAACAUGCUUUUGAUUCAGUAUCAUAAAAUAUUCCUGUUGGGUCUAUACUUCUUAAAGUUAGAAAUCAAUAAGCCAUAAAAGGCAAAAACUGUGAUAAAUGCAGACCUCUGUCUAAAAUGUUAUAGCUAUCAUAUUUUCAAGAUAACCCAAGGGUGUAAUUGAGGAGGUAGGCUUAAUAUUUCGAUAACUGAUAUGCUUUCUUCUUUCAUUUUUUGCUCACUUACAUUGCCAUAAAAAAAAUCACGUUUUAAUAGGUAUGUUUUUCUAAAGUUUGUUUUUUUAAUAAAAAGAUACUUAUUUUCAUAAUACAUGCAUAUU